CUUGGCGCGGGUUGUACAUAUUGGCUGCUGGCGUCAUGUGUUAUAAUAAUGUUUGUAAAUAUGAAUGAGGAGUUUGGGGAUACUAUAAUAAGUUCGGAUCAGCUGCUUUCUUUUGGGCUUGGUGGACUUCGUAAUAUAGGCAACACUUGUUAUAUGAAUGCCGCUUUACAAGCCUUAUCGAAUUGGUAACUUUCAGUGAUACUUUUCAGUUUUGCAGUCCACACUUAACGGAAUUUUUCCUCGAGUGUCAUAACAUCCUUGAUCCAAAUCGAAGGCUUGUAUUGUUCAAUCAUUAUUGCACACUACUUUCUGAAUUUUGGGGAAAUGAAAGACCACGCUGUUUCAAUGCAAAUACAAUUUUAGAUACUUUCUGCAUUGUGCACCCAAUGUUCAGAGGUUAUGCACAACAAGAUGCUCAAGAGUUUUUGAGACUAUUUUUAGUCCAGCUGCACGAGGAACUGAAACACUCAAGGCUUUCAAACUCAGACAAAAAAGGCAUCAAGCAAACAACUACUACUGGUUCAUCGGACAACAGUAACAACAGUAUAAUUACCGAUGUCUUUCAGGGCAGAUUAGUUAGCUCUGUCCGUUGCAUGUCAUGCAGUCGGCUUUCCAAUCGGGAGGAAUCAUUUAUGGACUUGUCCCUUUCCCUUACCAAACCUACUGUACAAACGUAUUCAUCCUCUUCUGUUGAUCAAUCAGCAAAAUCCUCCUUGAUGAAUGGUUCAAUAAGCACAGGUUCUUUAUUGAAAAAUGGUCCUGUAUAUUUGAAAACAUCUAAUGAUUUGCAACAGACACUACCAUCGAAGUCAACAAGUAGAAGGUAUUCUACACCACGUGGAUCGAAAAUAAAAUCAUCGUUAUUCACACUACCAUCAGUUGUUGGUCGUCUGGUAACGGGUAUUCCUUGGUUACUCACUAUGCUUUUAACCCUAACUCAUAUAUUUUUAUCCUAUGUACAAAGCUUUUUACCCUCACCUAAACAAUGGAUAGAUAAAUGGUCUACUCUUACUCUUGAAGAUUGCUUAUCUCAUUAUUUUUCUGAAGCGGAAUUAGUUGGUGAAAAUGGAUAUUUUUGUGGGAGAUGUAAUCGGCGGUGUAAUGGUUUGAAACAGUUCAGACUUGUCGCGUUGCCGGAAAUUCUUACACUUCACUUGAAAAGAUUCAGUAGUAAUCAUUUAUAUUCUUCGAAAUUAUCAUCUCCAGUGAAUUUCCCGUUAAAGAAUUUAGAUCUUUCACCAUACCUUCAUCGUGAUUGUACAGAUAAAAUUACAACCUAUGAUUUAAUUGGUGUCAUCUGUCACUAUGGCGGUUGCGGCGGUGGUCAUUACACUACGUGUGCGUAUAAUUCCUCAACGGAACAUUGGUAUGAAUUCAAUGAUGAACAUGUACGAAAAUUAGAUGCCGAACAAGUGGAAUCAUUGAAAAGUUCAGCAUAUAUCCUGUUUUAUAGAAAACGUGACACACAUUUGGAACCAAUACGUAAUUCUUGGCAAUUAACACCAUCUGGUAAAAUGUGUUAUGUAAGCAAACCUUGGGUUGUUCGCUUUUGGACAUGGGCUGAACCAGGUCCAAUGACAUCAGAAUUUUUCUGUGAACAUGGUUAUUUUCGACCAGAAUUAUGGGAGAUGCGUAAUUCAUUAACUUUAUCUAUCCCAGAAAGUAUUUGGUGUAAUCUUCAUAAAAUGUUUGGUGGUCAUGAAAUUAUUCAAGAAUUAAUCCCGUGUAGUGAUUGUUCUGAUGCUAUUUCAAAAAGACAGAAAUAUGAACUGUCAGAAAUUAUGAGGGUUAGUUCAUCGGUCACUCCAUCGUCCACAUCUUAUGCUGUCAGUAAAAAAUGGUUGGAUGUAUGGCUUCAAUUUGUCAAAGGACAAACAUGGGAAGCUCCAGGUCCAAUUGAUAAUUCCGACAUUAUGCCAUGCAAUAAAUCCCUUUAUUCGUAUCGUAACAGUGGAUCAUUUAAUUAUCCUACUCUUUCAUCAAUACCACUUGGUAAUUACGAAUGUGUUUCUGCUGAAGUAUGGAGUCUUCUGUUCAAUAUAUAUGGUGGAGGUCCGACAAUAUCUGUAUGUCAACCUACUUAUUCAUCAUCGAUCAAUAAUAGUAUAGAUGAAAAUCAGAUGGACGAUUUGUCAGAUCACAGUUCAUCGGAUCAAUUUUCACAAAAAUGUUCAUCAAAUUCUACUCCUAAUGAACAGUCACCUCUUAAUUCAGACCGAAUUGAUGAAAAAGACCGAAAUAAUUAUUUGACUAAUGGUAACAAUCAUAUGAAUGGUGGUAUCUCUAACAAUUUGGAUUGGUCUAACAAUAAAUCCCAUUUGAAUCAUUGGAGUCAAAUGGAUAAAGAAAUAAAUUCGACAAAUCUCCCUAUAGAUUCAAUCUUAUCCAACGGCACUAAUGAUGAUACCAUUCAUCAUAUUGAAAUGUACACUCAACAAAAUGAUCAUCCAGUUAAAAAUAAAUUAACUCAAUCCACUGAAUGUUCACAAUUAAAUGGUGAUUGUUAUCCAUCAUCUUGCAAAACAUUGAACAUGUUCAAUGGUUGUUCUUCUAUUGUCACGGACUCUAAAUGUCAACUGAACAAUCAUCAUUCUAAUGUUCAACAGAAAUCUACCAAUAAUGGUCUAACUGUUAGUAAAGGCGCUAGGACCGGUUAUUUUGGUGAUUAUAAUCCAUUAGAUUUGGUGAAUCAUAAAAAUGUCUCCAAAGUAGAAUCUUAGUACUAACAGCAAUAAAUGCAUCAAAUGAAAUCAAAACAUGGCGAUCAGCUUUAUGUAGACACUGUCGAAUAAUUCUUACAUAAAACUUAAACUUUUUGUUUUCAGUCCAUUUGUUGCUUUUAUCACAUUUAAUAAAUAAAUAAAACUGUGAUUCUGUGCAUUGUUUUGAAAUUUUCUUCUUCAUUGAUUGGAAUGGCAAUCGUUAUUAUAUUAGGUUUUCAGAACCAAGUAAUCUUUUCUUGUGACUCAGGUGAUGGUUCUUUUCUUUUCGUUCUUACUUUAUAAUAUGCAAGCAAUGUAUGAUUGUAAUUUGUAAUUUUUUCCUCUUUUGUGAGUUGAUGAGUUUAUGUGUAUGUUUCGUGGAAAUUACAUGUUAGGCAUGACAACAGCGUUGAACUAAGCAAGCACACAGUGUUUAUGUAUGUAUUUGACUUGUAAUUUUAUGUGUUUUAUUCUUUCAUCUAAGAAGCAUUAACUUCUCUCUUCAAAACUGUAUAUUGACUGAAUUCGAACUGUUGUCUCAUUUGAAUUAUUCAUUUAUUUUAUCCUUUCUUUCUGUCCCAUUUAUAUAUAUAUAUAUAUAUA